GCAAAAUUUUGAUAAACUGUGUAUAUAUUGUAACAGUACGUCCACAUGCUUGCUGUUUGUUGAGGUUCUUUUGUUCUAAAUGCUGUUUAUUUUCUGUUUAUUAAACAUGUCUGGUUGAGCUUUUCUUUGCUCACAUAGAAUCAAUACUCUCAUUUUCUCUUUCCACAUGGUCAUCCAUAACAGCUUCCAUAAGACAUAUCUAUGUUAAAACUGUGAGGUGUUCCUGUUGAAAAACAUUUACACUGAUUUUGCAAAGUAGUAUGUCAAUAUUUUGCAGAAAGUCAAGUUGAAAAAUAAAAAUUCCAUCUGCUAUUCAACUACAUGACUAUUUUUUAUUGAAAAUUUGAGCCUUCUUUGGAAGUUGGUUUUAUCUUCAAUUUUUGUAAUAUCUUGGAACUGGAAGUUAAAGAUGUAUCUUGUCUUUUUGAAAUGGUUUUCUUUAGGUCUAAUGUGCUUAGAGACCAUCUCUUUGUAGUACUUUGGCAACCAGAGCAAGAGAUGAUUCCAUAAUAAAUAAAAGUCUCAGUUGUAGACCCUAAACAACAUAUAAUUUCUUUUUGCGUGUUGUACCCUUGGGAUGUGGUCUUUUCUAGGAGGACUAGAAAAAGAGCAAUGCAUUUCUUGAUUUCAUUUGUUACUUUGACGUUCUACAAGGAAAUAGAACGUUUUUGAUAAUCAUUGAGGGAGCUGUAGACCCCGAUUAUAUCGCAUCUGAUGGUCCUGAUCAGAGAAUGGUUAUUUUGGACAGUCACAAUUCAAUUGUCAGUAAAAGGUCAAUGAAGUAAGAAAAGUUUCAAAGCGUAUUAUCAUAACUGAAUCUCUGCAAGAAAGCUGAAAGUUUAUAGAUUUCGUUUAAUUUGUAAUCAUUGAGGGAGCUGUAGACCCCCGAUUAUCUUGCUUCUGAUGGUCCUGAUCAGAGAAUGGUUUUUUUGAUCAGUCAUAUUUUGAUUGUCAAUAUUUUCUCAAUUUUAUGACAGCAUAAGGCAUAAAAUUAAGGUAAAAAUGCUUGCUUUUUUCUGCCAAAAGAAUUUUCAUUUUCAGAUAAUGGCUCUAAAGCUUAACGGCUGAUUCAGGAUUGCAUAAACGAGAUGCCUUUGCCGUAAAGCCGGCUCUGACCGAUCCCGUUGCAACGCGAGGCCUAUCCAUAGCUAACAGAACGGUUCCAUUAGGUCUCGUGUAAACGUAACCUUAAGGCAAUGAACUAUUUUACUUUUGGUUUUUCCGAAUGGUUGAAACAUCGAUGUCAGCCGAAGCUGAUGUCAUUGCUGGCAUACCUGGGAGGCAGUAUGUUUAAAUAUCGGUUGGUUAAUGUUACUCCAUCGAAUUAUCUAUUAUCCUUCAUUUGAUUUUUAGGAGCGAUAUAGCGCAUGUAAGGAAAAAGGGCACCAUUAUAAUUUAAAACAAAAAACGAAACCAAUUCAAUUUUAUUCGUAAGAAUACUACAGAAGAAGAAUACUAAAUUGAUACUGUAAUAAACACGAGCCAAGAAAAGUACGGACUUAUCCAGCUUUCGCAAAAUUUAUAAUUAGAAAAUAAAAGCAUCACAGUAAUUAAAGUAACAGAAACAAGAUUGGCUAUGUACUAAAUAAACUGGAACAAUAUAAUAUAGCAUGUGGAUUGCGUUUCAUUUUCCUCUCAUUUCAUAACUAUUAUUUUGACAGCAUUUCUUCUCUCAGUGAUAAGUUCGGCUUAGGGAGGUUACUAUAUAUUUGUGCUUCCUUAUUUUGUAGCAUUAAAUCCCCCCCCCCCCAACGCUUCUUCGAUUCACUUUUUUGAAAAUCAUUUAUUUGCAGGGUUUCAUAUGUAUGUUUACAGCUAUUUGUUUUAUAAAGGUUACACAGGGCUCGUGGCACAUUGUCAUUAUUAUGUUUCAUUCGAUGCAUUAGCUGGACAAUCCUCAAGUGAUACAGAUCUCUUAGUUUUAGGAAGUUUGAUUUCUUGUGUUGAACAACGAUAGUCUUUAGAGAGUCAGGUCCUUUAUAUUCUUUGAGGAUUUCUUUUGAGUCAGACCAUAGGCCUCAAUUCAGUAGCCUAUUUUUAAAUACACAAGAUAAUCAUAAAGUGUUUUCAGACAGUCCUUAGUUUUGCAAACAUGGAUGAAUAUUUGAUAAUUCCAUUUUUAAAUUUCAAAUAUGCUUUUAUCCCAAGAUAUUUAAUCUCAUCUACUUGCUCAAGAGGCUCCCCCAUUUGGUAUUGGGACAAACACUUUCGUAUUUAGUUGUUUGGGUGAUUGAUUAAAUAAACAGUAGCUUUAUGUCUUGUAAAAUGUUUUGUACAUCAUUAAACAUACGAAAACUCGGUUUUACAAUUACUAAUUGCAAGGAUCUUAACUCCACCGAAGAACUUACUGAAAUCAUAUAAAGUGAAAUAAUGUUUAAAUGGUUAGCAUCGAUAAAUUUUGAUUCUGUCUUCUUUUUUGCCCUGCUUUUUUCCUAUUUUUAGUCUUUUUUCCCUUUUACUUUGCCGUCGUCCUAUUUUUAGCCGUCUUUUUGUCAUCUUUUGGCGGUUUUUGCCGUCUUUUUAGCUGUCUUUUACCCUCCUUUUUUCCAUCUUUUUCCAUCUUUUGGGGAUUUUUUGCCUUAUUUUUAACCGUCUUUUUUGCCUUCUUUCUGCUUUUUUUUCACUCUUUUUACUCUUUUUUGCCAUCUUUUGUCUUUUUUCUAAUCUCCUUUAUCACCUUUGUUUCAUUAUGCUGUUUUUUUCACCAAAUUUAUUUACAUUUGUUUUUAGCUGAAUUCCUAUCAUAUAUCCUUCUUUUCGUAUCCAAAGCUAUUACCCAUUAUUUGUUGUGCUUCUUUUGGAUUUGCUUUUGUGACAACUUUUUAAUGGACCUUCGUUUCCGCAUCUGCCUACGCUGUGUGGCUAGUUUUUUGGUACCUUUGGCUAGUACUUAAGUUUAUUUGUCUUUUUGAAUGAUAUCUCUUCAUUUUGUCUGUGCAUGUUCUUUGAUGUCCAAUUUUUGCAACACCUUCUUCCCCUUUUCUGUCAAUUGUUGUCAGGGAUUUGAGAGCUUUGCUAUGUCAUUUGGGUGCCAAGUGAAAUCAGCAUCGAGCGACUAAUUGUCAGUUGUCUAAAUCUGUGUCUUAUAUGAAAUGUCUCCUUUAUUGUAGGUUCCUUCUAUCAUACUGGUUUAAAUGCUUCUUGUGCUCUUUCUAGAUAACAUUCUAUGACCUCUUUUUAAUGUGAUAAACACACAACAUAUUUUAGAUAACACUCUGUGACCUCAUUUCAAUGUGAUAAACACAGAGCAUAUUUUGAAGCAUGUCAUCAGAUUGCCUGUUAAUGCACACAUCAAUCAGAAGCAUUUAGUGUGUCAUGGCCUUGUUUCUUGCUCUUGUUUCAAUUUAAACCAGUCAGAGUUCACUCAUCUCUAAGAAUUCGUGCCUUAUCAUGAUAUUCUUGAACGUUAUCGUGUAUUGAUAAAUGAGUCAAGCAGUCCAUCGUAAGCAGUGAAAACAUAUCCAUAUAUAUGCAUCUUAUAUGAUUCAGACCAGUUUGUCAUCAGGACCUGUGACUCAGACUUUAUUCCUUAAAGCCACCUGACGUAACAUGCCCGAAGAAUAGCAUCAACCAUUUUAAUAGGAGUAAUCUUGUCAUCUAACAGAUGCUUCACUAGCUUUGAAAGCCUUUGUAGUGUUUACCAGAUGCCAAUUUUCCGAAGGCCGUUGGUUGAAUACGAGCCAGAGUUUUAAAGAACGUGUUGCUUAGCUCCUUGCAGAGCAUUUCAAAGACGGUUUAAGGUGAUGAAAAUGCGGUUGAACCAACAAUGAAAGAUGCAGUUUAAUAUGAAGAAUGACCUGCAAUCGAUCGGUUGAUUUGUAAUGUGUGCCUAUGUGUUUAUAAGCUGUGUUUAUAAUAGGCCUGGUUAAGUCCUUCAAAGACACCUCUGCAGCAGUCUUUCGCAGUGCACUUUGAUCGACAAAUCACGGCUUAUAAAUUGAAGACUAGGGCAACGCAAUUGAUGCUUUUGCCGAUUAUUUUUUUAUUCUUGUCACCAAGAUCUUUCUUUAGUCUGGUUCAAGAUCUCAAGGCGAUAACAACAGGAGUAGAAGUCUUUUGGCUGUGCCUGAUCUGCAAGAAAAAGCAAGAACUGUUAGCAAAGACUGGAUCGUGGUUUCACGGGAAAACAGGACAGGAGCCUAAUACUGUACGCGAAAUAGAAGCGGAACUUAGUACACCUAUACACUCACCUAGCAUUAAAAAAGACAAAUUACUAGAUUCCAGAUCGGAGAAGUUAUCGUUAUCUCCCAUAGCAUUUAAAAGAAAUCAGCCGGGAUAUGACCCGACUCGGGUGUCUAGACUUACCGGUUUUAGUGGAGAGUCAAGCCCAGAGAUAACAAAACCGAUUUUAAUCCGGGCGAAAUCAUUAGAAUCUUGUGACGUAUCACCAUCGAGGAAAGGAAGAAAAGAUUAUAAAUCGGACAAUAGUGACUGCAGUAGUGUAUCUGUGGAUAGCCAAUCUAGAAAGAAAACUGUAACUUUUGGUAAGAAUGACGUCAUCCAAACGCGUAUAGAAUACAUUGAAAGUAUGGAACGAAGUACAAUCGUUACAGCGGAUACUACACGACGUGAUGGUACUCAACACAUUGAGCCCGUCAUCCAGAUGAAAUGGUCACCACCAGACAUUGACAACAGAUGCAUAGGCGAUAUACUAAUUUCAUUCAGCCCAGAUGGAAACAAAGCCUACCCAGAUUACUGUACAGCGCUUGGCUUCAAGGUUGUUGGCGGGCGGAAGAACGAAGAUGGCAAGCAAGUAGCUAUUAUAACUGAUGUUGUUCCGAACAGCAUCGCAGAGAAAAGUAUCAAACUCAUGGUUGGUGACGAAAUUCUUGACUGGAACGAAAUUUCAUUUGUCGACUGCAGCGACGAAGAAGUGCAAGAUAUAAUUGCGAUGGAUGACUCAUGUGAUCUACAUCUUGUCAUUAACAGAGACAGGGCAAACAUGGAGAUCCAGGCUUCUGGUAACCCUUCAUUGCUGCGAAGUGAAAAUGGCUAUCCUGCUGGCCAACAGAUUAUUCCAAAUGCGACACAGAUUCCCGUUGCAAGCGCUGUAAGCAUCACGGGUCCCUCGCGUUUUCGCGAAAGUCCACAGAGCUCUCUCCUUGGUUCAAGUAGUUCAUCACAUGGCAGCCCCAUUUCAGUUCAGAACGAUCUCACUUCGCCACAGUCGCAAUAUGCUUAUAGACCUUCCCCUGCGCAAGUCACUCCGGAGCAUCAAAGAUAUGUUAAUCAGGAUGAAAGAAAUUUCUCAAGUGAUGAGGAAGAGCUUGGCCUGCCUUUCCAGCGGGCAUCAUUGCAUCACCCUCAGCGAAGGCGAGGAAAUCCGCAUGUUUCGGGUCGUAUUCAGAUAAGGUUUGAGUUCGAUAAAGAAGCAUCCAGUUUAUACGUGACAAUAAUUGGUGCAGAUGGACUGGCUCCAAGGGACAACGGCGCACCGAGAAAUCCUUAUGUAAAAGUUUAUUUGCUUCCUGAUCGCAGCUUGCAAAGUAAACGACGCACCAAGACGGCCUUGCGAACAAUGUCACCACGCUGGAAUCUAACUUUCAUGUAUAGCGUCAAACAUCAAAAGCUUCUAGAACGUUCUUUGGAAUUUACAGUAUGGGAUCACGACAGAAUCGAACCUAAUGAAUUUCUAGGCGAAGUUGUUAUCGAUAUGCACGAGGCUUGUCUUGACAACCUAGCACACUGGUAUCCUCUUAACAUCCACAACUACGAGACCCCUCUUCCUUCUCCUACACCGAUGACGUCACCAAGAGGGUCUUUUCGUGAAUCAGGUGACAAAGCUAUGAAACAGGCGAACGAUGCUGCGCGAAAUAGGGCAAAUCUGGUUGGCCUAUCAACUGAUAUAAAUAAAAAUGUUCCGGAUACUGACGAAUAUUAUCGAACGCCAACUGGAUCCCCUGGUGUCUCGCAAGAAAGUGAUGAUAUGCAAAACUCGGAAUCACCAAGCUCUGUCCAUACGUUCCCAUUUAUGCAAAGCCGUACACCUCAGGGAAGUCUCACACCCCAAGGCAGUCUCACUCCCCAAGGAUCACUGACUCCACAAGGAUCUUUAACUCCAAGGGGAGUUCUUUCUUCUAGAACAAGUCUAACCACAGACGGAACUGCCUCACCCCGUGGGACAAAUGGCCAAGCUAGUCCUAUGCUGCCGCAGAUAAUACAGGAUGGGGAUAUAACUAUGAAUUCGCAUGUUUAUGCAGCCACCGUUUCCAAUGUUGCUGCAACACACACUGCUCAGAUGCACCAAGGACCUUCUAUGGUACCCUACGAGGCCCAGCAUGAAGCUAACAAUUUUGCUAGCCAGCGCCCAAGUGGAUUUAGAAGAACCAACAGUCUUUCGGAUAGCGGCACAUGGUCAGAUUCAAGUUCUGCCGCAACAACAAGCGCCGACAACAGUGCUUCUAACACACAGACGGAUGGAAGGCAGUCUUCUUUUUUGCAGAGAGCAACUAAGUUCUUCCAGCAACAGUUCCAGCUCGACAUCAAGCUUCCAAGUGAUAAAACUGCCGCUACCAUUGCUCCUGUAGUCUCUUCAAGCGAUAAUGAUACAAAAACAAUAACAACAAAACCUAGCCAAGCAUAUCCAGAAAAACUGCAGCAAAGUAGUGGUCCGUCACCAAUCACUUUCCCAGGAACAAACCCAAGUCAAAAAGGAAUAUCACCAUAUCGCCAAAUGCCUGUAAUUACAAGAGAACAAAUAGCAAACCAAUCUCAUCAAGGGCCUAAUUCACAAACACGUCCUGGGGCCACACAAAACUUUUUGCAGCCCCCAAAUGCAAGGGCGCAAAGGAAAAUAUCUGAACCAAAGUUAUCUUCCCAGAGCUCAAGCGAUUCUUCCAAUGACCCUAGGCGACGUUUGAGUGCCGGUGCUAAACCGAUGAGAUCGAACUUAUCAGGAGAAUCUGGUAGUUCAUCACCGGUCGUAAGCAGAAAGCAGCGAAUGUUACCGAGCACAGUUGGGCGGCAAAGAAUUGGUGAGUCGAAAAUUAACGAAAACGAAAAGACCGAAGCCAUACGUCGACAGCUGGGUAAUCGUGGGGUUUUAAGAACACCUCUUUCGGCUGUCAUAGGAGAACGCACAGAAAGAUCUUAUUCGGAUGCAAGUCAAAGGGAAGCUGCAAGAAGAAACAUUGGAGUUCGCAGCAAUAGCAGCGAUUGUAUCAAAGUUCCAGGAGGUGUUAUGGCGGCGAGAAACAGCCCAAACUACAAUGCGAACUUGAAAAGUCACGGACGUGCCCAAAGUAGCCAGUCUAUAUUCAAGGAUUCCCCAGGUCAUUACGUGCACCCUGGCGUCGGUCGCUCGGCUGUGGAUGGCUAUUCUAACUACGAUCAAAAUUAUGAUCCAGCAUAUCGGAAACGCAGGAAAGACAGUUUUAGCAGUGGUCGAAGCAGCCCUACGUCAUCUGUUACAAGUGAACUCAGCACGCGAAGUGGAAGUUCUUCUAGCCUCGCCAGCUCACUGACGUUAACAAGUUUUGAAGGAAGCAGUCCAUGGGUACCAACAAACUUGCGAAAGAUUGGCGAUGCCCAGUUCACGGAUUUCGUAGAGGGCUUAGGACCUGCUCAAAUGGUUGGCAGACAAGUACUUGGAUCACCGCAUAUGGGAGAUAUUCAACUCAGUAUGUUUGAUCGGAGAGGAAUAAUAGAAGUGGAAGUAAUUCGCGCGAGAGGGUUGUUGAGAAAGCCCGGGUCAAAGACUUUACCAGCACCCUACGUAAAAGUAUAUCUAAUGGAUGGGAAGAAAUGUCUCGCAAAGAAGAAGACAAAACCAGCGAGAAGAACUCUCGAGCCGCAUUACCAGCAACAGCUUGAAUUUCAUGCCAGUCCUAGAGGCAAAACUCUACAGGUUAUGGUUUGGGGAGAUUAUGGAAAAUUAGAGCGGAAAGUAUUUAUGGGCGUUUGUCAAAUUUUGCUUGAUGACCUUGAUCUUAGUCAGCUUGCUAUUGGCUGGUACAAGUUGUUCACGACUGCCUCACUUUGUGACCCACCGCCUACUGAAAGUCUCUCGCGAAAGGACAGUGAUCGGGAGGACUAUUAGAUUUGAUUGGCUGGAUUCCUGUCCAUGCACUGGAUGAUUAUUGAAUUUGAUUGGCUAGGCUUCUGACAUUGAUUGCAGGAUUACUGAAUUUUGACUGGCUCGAUUCAAUUUGAUUGACAAGGGUCUUUAUGGCCUCGCACGUAAAGACCAGUUCGGUCAGCAUGGAAGCCCAAGAAUGACUUCAGUGACUUGACAUAGUUCUUUAGUCUAGCUUUUUCAGUAAUUGAGAAUUUCUAGGUUGGUCUCCAGCUUUAUUCACUAAUAAGAAUAUCCUCACCAUCUACCCCGUGAAACUAACCCUUGUCACAUGAAACAGUUUUGGAAUUUUUGUCUGCAGCAUACAUUCCCCUAUCCUUCCCAAUAGUGCUGCUACAUACAAACUUGCUCUAAAACACAGUAUUGUUUUAUUAAUUGUUAUUAAGUAUUAAGUGUUAUUAAGUGUAAAUUCAGUGCCAUUUGAUAUGGGCGUUGUUUGAAUGUUUUUAUAGGCAAGCUACAUUUUACAGUGAUGCCAACCAGCCUUAAAUUUCCCUUUUGCUUUUACUCAAUUUGCAGUAUGAAACACUUGUUAUUGAAGUUAAAUUUAUAGCUCUGAAAAUUGCAUAGUAGGACCUUGGAGGCUGAAGUUUUUAAUCACAAAAUCUUUGAGCCUUUUUCUUUACGUCUGAUUGAAAGCAUUGCCGCAAAGUAGUUAUAUGCUAUAGACUUUAUGACUAUAAUAAUGCUAGUUUUUUAGGAGUUUGAUUAAUUUUUUUAUCUCACAAGCACAAGCAAAUAGAUAUGUGAUUUUGGGAUCUUAACUGUAGUUAUUAUUUUUGCUUCACCUUUUAUUUUUCAUUUCAUUGCCUUGCUAAGCUUGUACCCCUAAAUGAGGCAAUUUUAUGAUUUAGUAGCAGACACCGAACAAUGCUUUAAUAAUCUAACGCAGCUCUGUUUGCAGUUAAUAUCAGGCUGUGAAACAUCAUAUCAUAAUUUUAUUUUCCCACUAAGAGACGCGUAUGCCUCAAGACUUGGGUAAAGCUAUCUUUCUCAUGAUUUUUACCCAUUCUCAGUGCAAUCGAGACUAUCUUCUGUAUAAUCAACUUCUGUAGAAUUAAUUUUUUUAUUGGACGCACGAAACAUCGUUAGUAGGUGAUCCUCUAUGCACUUUUUCAAAAGAAAUUUAUUAAGAUUUUAUGAUUAUUUGGUUUGUCAGAAUACGGGAAUAACUCAUUUUGCCUUUUAUAAUUCUCAAUUUAUCAUUAUUUAAUUUACCAUUAAUGACAAUAUGUUUUAACAGAAGGUUUCCUCGAAUGUCACUUCACUUAAAGCCUUCUUGUAGUUGUAGGCAAUAGGGAUUUGAAACCUCUUUGCUGUUCAUUUUGUCACAGUAACGGAUCUGUUGUCUAGGUUACUUGCAGCCAUUGUUAUGCAUUUAUAUUUCUUCUGUGACAUAUGCUUGUUAUAUUUAAUCUCAUUCGAAUCGAGGAAAAUGUACCACAAAUUUAUUGAAUUUCCUGUUGACAACCAUG